CACCACAUCCGAUGCGUUGGAACCACUGAUUGAUUGUCUGUUUGUUAUGAUGUGGUUGUUGUGAGCGCUCGACAAACGAGACAAUUAUCUGUUAUUUAUUUUGACACCAAUUUGUGUGCAAAUAUUUGUGACUAUUAUUUGUUUGUGUGGUUAUUGUCCACCAUUUGUGCCCGUCUUUGUGGCCAUCAAUUGAUGGCAGUAUGAGUUGAGUGGCAAUGGAUGCACUUGUGGUCAGAUGUUUGUCAAUGUAAUCACUGGUCGCCACCAAUCGUCUCAUCACUUGUUCGCAACUCAUGAUUCGUCGAAACCAAUGAAUAACCCGAAGACAGAAACAGGAGGAGCGUCUCCGUUGCCGUUACGGCCGGUCAGUACUCCGGUGACAGCCAUUCAUCGGACCAAUUGUCUGCCGAAUUCACCCAAUUCUAUGCACUCGAGGAGCCACUCGACGACACCGGAACUCAAUUACAUUCAAUCGCAACACCACUCCGUCAUCACCACCAAUGCUAUCGACUCGAGUGCUAAUCAAAUGGGUAUUUCUAUUGAUGUCUUAUGGGCGCAACUCUUUACAUACCAGUGCUCUUACACACUGUCCCCUCAAUCGAUAUCUGAGAAUCGUUUGCCCGAAAUGGUGUCCGCAAUGGCCGGUCAACCGGAACAGCAGACAAAUAUAGUUCACAACGAAUCUCAGUUCCGAAUGAACUCAUUGUCUAAACGCGAACCAGAAGUGGACUCAAUGGACACGUCGGACAUGUCGUCGACAGAACCCAUUCCUCGGCUCAUUCAAGACAUACUGUCCGUCGAGCACUUGUGGCACAACGCGGACAAAGAGAGCGAUAGUUUAGGCUUUAAUGGAGAGCCCAGUGAUAGGAACUUAAGUAUUAGUCAGGAUUCGAGUGAUUUGUGUAAUAUAGCCGACCAUAGACUCUACAAAAUAGUCAAAUGGUGUAAAAGUUUACCACUUUUUAGAGAAAUACAGAUGGACGAUCAGAUCGCGCUACUGAUCAACUCGUGGUGCGAACUCUUACUAUUGAGUUGUUGUUACCGAUCCAUAUCGACCCCCAAUGAGAUCCGGUUGUCGAGUGGCAAAUCAGUGACAUUAGAACAGUCACAGCAAUUAGGGUUAGGGACUGUCAUCGAGAGAAUGCUGAACCUCACCGAACACUUGAGGCGCCUUCAGUUCGAUCAAUACGAGUACUGCUGUCUUAAAGUGAUUAUUCUUCUCACUUCAGACGCCAGUGGUCUCAAAGAGUCGGAUAAAGUGCGGUCGUGUCAGAAGCAGGUGUUGGAGGCGUUGCAGACGUACACGAGAACUCAUUAUCCGAGUCAGCCGUCAAAGUUUGGGGAACUAUUGCUCCGGAUUCCCGAUUUGGAGCGAACCUCGCAAGUGGGCAAAGAGUCUCUGGUCUCCAAACAAAAGGAAGGGGACGUCCCGUCAUUCAACUUAUUAAUGGAAUUACUUCGCGGUGACCACUGAUGACACCCCCGCGUCCAUACAUCACCACAAAUGAGCCAUUUUUCUGAUUGAGUGCCAAUUUCUAAUUGUAUGUUUUAAACGUCAACCAAAU